AUGCAAGUAGGAAGUUGGCAAAAAAUUUGUGAUUUGGGUUCAGGCGCAUUUGGCGUAGUUUCUUUAUGGAAAAAUAAAGUAAAUGAUGACUGCACUGCAAUAAAAAUGUGUAGAUUUAAAACAAACAACAUUUUAACUGAAAAACAAAAGGAACGAUGGAAUAAUGAAGUAGAUAUUAUGAAAAUUAUUAACCACUCCAAUAUAAUCAAAUACAAAACAAUACCAGAAGAUUUACAAGAGUUCUUGAUGAAAAAUAAUCCUACUGGAUUACCAUUACUUCCUAUGGAAUAUUGCCGUAAGGGGAAUUUAAGACAUGUACUGCUUAGGCCGCAAAAUAUUUCUGGAAUGGAAGAGGAUGAUGUUCGUUGUAUUUUGGAGGAUAUUUCUAAGGGACUUCAGCAUCUGCAUAACCUAAAAAUAACACAUAGAGAUGUUAAACCUGAUAAUAUUGUACUACAGCAUUGUGAUAAUAGAAAAAAUGAUACAGUUUAUAAGAUAAUUGAUCUCGGUUAUGCAAAAGAACUAGGAGAUACUGUUGUUAGUUUCGUUGGCACUUUACACUAUCUAGCCCCAGAGAUAUUUGAAACUCAAAAAUAUAACAACAGCGUAGAUUAUUGGUCUAUGGGAAUACUCACAUUUGAAUUAAUAUGUGGGGUACUACCAUUUCUACCUACUAAAACCCCAUUUGAAAGAUUCGAAAAAAUAAAGAAGAAAGGUCCCGAAGAUAUAUGCAUCUACUUGAAUUAUUCAGGCCAAAUAACAUAUUCUCCAGAAAUAAAAAAAGAAAAUUUAAUUUCAACUUGUUUGAAGCAAAAUAUUGAAGUUUGGCUCAGGCAUGUACUGACUUACGAUCAAAACAUUAGAUCACAAAAUUUUCCUGACAAUACCAGAACAUUAGACUACUUAAACAGUAUUUUGAAGAAAACUAUUGUGAAUGUAUUUUCAUUAUGUAGACUAGAAUUUUAUUCCUACGAGAUAACCGAGUGUACUCAAAUUGGUACACUCAAAGAUUGGAUAUCUAGGGACAUUAAAGUUCCUAAGACCGAUUUACUUUUGCUUAUUUCUAAUGAAGCUUUUAAUGUACAAGAUAAUGAUUUAUUGCUCAAUGUAUUGAAGGAUACAACAUACAUUUAUGUUACUGCUAAACAUUUUUUACCUGAAAAGAUAACGUAUAAUAAUCCAAAGCUUAUCAGAGAAGUCAUGAAAUCGGCUUUAAAGUUUAAUUUAGAAUUUUUAAAACCACUUAAAUCACAGUUGAUUUAUUUUAUUACAAUAGAAAAAACUACAGCUUAUCAUUUUAAAACUAGCUUCCAUUUAUAUUUAAAUUUCUUAUACCAUAUAAUAAAUAAAAUAAAAAAUCUUAAAACUAUAACAAUAUCUAAAGUUAACCAAUUAGUAAACAAAAUCGAUUGUUAUAAUAAAAUUAAGGUUCAAAAUAUUGGUGAUAUAGAUUUAAGAUAUAAUAAUGAAUACAGGGCAUGUCUAAAUCAUGCUCAAAGACUUAUAGCCAGUUUUGAGAGAAGCGUUAGUAAUUUUGCUCAAUUUGAUAAUAAAAUUAAAUGUGUGAGUAAUAGAAUAAAAGUUUUAUAUUCUGUAACUGAAAAAAUUAAAAUUAUAGUUGAAAGCUACAACAUGGAGGAAGAGUAUAAAAAAGUCUUAAUGCUUAUAGAAAAAAGUAAUGUUACUAAUGCAACUCAAGUAAAUCAAGUGAUAUCUAAUACUACUAAAUUAAUUUCGGGAAUUAUAAGAGUUAAGGAACGAGUAUUUAGAAAUAAGGAGUUAAAGGCCUUUUCAAGUGCCAUAGGAGUUAUUAUGUGCCAUUGUUUUGAGUUAAAAAAGUGGAUUCAAGAGUAUAACAUUCAUAAUGAAGAAUUACUACAAUCAUUCGAACAAAAUAAGGCUGCCCAUUUUGAUAUACUUUUUAAGGCGGCUGCAUCAAAACCUAAAUCGGAUACAGAAUCAAUUUCGGAUCAGAGUUCAUUGAGUGGAAGCCUUGCCCAAGAACUAUUUAGUCUUCCAACUCCAUAUCUGAUUCAUCAAAAUCAGGAUUUACGUUAUAAAUUUGAAGAAAUAUUAUCUUUAGGCAUAUCAGGAGACGCGAACUGUCUGGAUCAAUUGAGUUAA